UCUAACAUUUUACUCAGCACAUCUCCAACAAAAACGCCAUCUUUUUCCAAACAGAGCAAUUUCUGAUUCGUAAAGUCUCCAUUUUUAUUUUUCCUACUUUCAAAAUCCCUAGCUUUUGGUUUGCUUCUUCUCCAUCAUCAUCUACAGAGAUGAAAAACGCAUCUUCUUCAUCACCCACUGAGAAUCUUCUCAUUGAAGAGAGAGAAGAAGUCAUGGUUACUAAGAAAGGUCGCUGCUUGAGAAAAACCCAUUUCCUUAAACCCUUCCUUACCUCCAUCAAAGGUGGCUCUGUAGCCGAGCUUCCUCGUCGUCACUACCAACGUCCUUCUGAUUUCUCUUCUGACCUAAAACGCUUCUCUUCACAGGUUUCCUUCUCUGGGUUUUGGUUUGCAGAGCGUCGUUUCUUAUCUUGGGUUGUAAAAAUGGAAGCUUUACACGCACACACUUGGAAAAAAGCUGGGAUUUUUGACGCAAUCAAGGCUUCUACUUACAAAAUCUCCAAAAACACGUCUUUGAUUCUCUCCGUUACUGAGAAAUGGUGUCCUGAGACCAAAUCUUUUGUCUUUCCUUGGGGUGAAGCAACGAUAACGUUGGAGGAUGUGAUGGUGCUAUUAGGCUUUUCUGUUUUGGGCUCUCCGAUCUUUGCCCCUUUGAAAAGCUCGGAGAUGAGAGAUGCCGUAGAGAAACUGGACAAAGCAAGAUUUGAGAGUAGAUGCAGAGAUAGCUAUGUGAGUGUAAAGUCAUGGAUUUCGAGCUUUUCAGGUAGCGGUGGUCAGAUGGAGCAUGAAGCUUUUCUGGUUUUGUGGCUUUCGCUUUUUGUUUUUCCUUCUACAGCUCGUCGUUCUGUCUCCAAAUAUGUUACAUCUAUCGCUGUUCGUUUAGCUAGAGGUGAAAGGAUUGCUCUUGCCCCUGUUGUUCUCUCAAUCCUUUACAGAGAUUUGGGUCGAAUCUGUGAUUUUUCUAGAGAUAAAUCUGAUGACAAAAUUUACAUCAAGUCUCUGUUUAAGUUAGUACAAGUUUGGAUAUGGGAGAGAUUCAGAAACACAAGACCAAAAGCUAGAGAGAUACCCAAAGGUGAACCUAGGAUAGCUCAGUGGGGUGGUCUGCCACAAAGAAGUAAAACGAGAUUGAGGUUUGAUGAUUUUGAGUGGCGUCCUUACACUAAACCGCUAAAGAACUGGAACCCACUCCGGUUUUACCUUGAGGAAGCUAUGUGGGUGACUGUUGAUGACAGUGUUGAUGAUGAUGAGUUUGUUUCGUUUGCUCGAUGUGUGACAGUUUCUCAGCUUGUUGGAGAUGGUUUCUUAGAGGAUUACUUCCCGAAUAGAGUGGCGAUGCAGUUCGGUUUGGCUCAAGAUCUUCCUGCUUUGGUUACUCGUCGCAGAAACUUCACAGAAAAGGAGGCUUGGAAUGAUUACAGUAAGUCACUUGAUGGUUUAAAGCUCUACAUGCCUUGUCGCCUUGAUCGAGGUUCUGUCACUGCAAGAUACCGAGUCUGGUGGCUAAAGUCAGUUGCAAAGUUUUUGGGUUCUGCAGAAAUGCAGAAAGAAACAACUGAAACUUUUAAUGCAAGGAAGAAAUCUGAUGAUGGUGAUGAUAAAUCUGAUCAUGAUGAUGAUGCAUCUCCCAAGGUACUGCCUUUGAGUCAUGUGGUUCAGAAAUUGGAGGAAGGCUUUUCUGCAAAACGUAGAAGAUCUAGGUUGCAUAGACUCGUAAAGCAAGAUAAGAUAGGAGUGUUGGUCAAGAGUCGUGUAUCAUCAGGUAGGAAGAUGAACAAGAAAAGUAAGGAUUUUACAAAUAAGAGAAGCAAUAACAAGCGAGUGCAGAAGAAGCGAGCUCAUGAGGAUGAUGAUGAGAGUUCUAUGGAUGAAGAAGAUGAUAAAAUAAAUAUCGAUGUAUCUCCCGAAGUACUUUCUUUGAGUGUGGUUCAGAAAUUGGAAGAAGGCUUUUCUACAAGACGCAGAAGUCCUAGGAUACAAAGAUUAGUAAAGCAAGAUAAGAUAGGAGGGUUGGUAAACAGUCGUGUAUCAUCAGGUUGGAAGAUGAACAAGACAAGUGAGGAUUUUACAAAUAAGAGAAGCGUUAACAAGCCAGUGCAACUGCAGCAAAGCAUUUACCAGCCAGUGCAGCUGCAACAGAGCAUGUACAAGCCAGUGCAGCUGCAACCAAGCAUGUACAAGCCAGUGCAGCUGCAGAAAAGCAUUUACGAUCCAGUGCAGCUGAAGGAAAACAUUUACAUCCCAGUGCAGAUGAAGAAAAGGCUUUACAAGCCAGUCCACCUGCAGCAAAGAAUCAACAAGCCAGUGCAGCUGCAGCAAAGCAUUUACAAUCCAGUCCAGCUGCAGCAAAGCACUUGUGAGCCAGUGCAGCUGAAGCAAAGCAUUUGCGAGCCAAUGCAGCUGAAGCAAAGCAUUUGCGAGCCAAUGCAGCUGAAGCAAAGCAUUUGCGAGCCAAUGCAGCUGAAGCAAAGCAUUUGCGAGCCAAUGCAGCUGAAGCAAAGCAUUUGCGAGCCAAUGCAGCUGAAGCAAAGCAUUUGCGAGCCAAUGCAGCUGAAGCAAAGCAUUUGCGAGCCAAUGCAGCUGAAGCAAAGCAUUUGCGAGCCAAUGCAGCUGAAGCAAAGCAUUUGCGAGCCAAUGCAGCUGAAGCAAAGCAUUUGCGAGCCAAUGCAGCUGAAGCAAAGCAUUUGCGAGCCAAUGCAGCUGAAGCAAAGCAUUUGCGAGCAAGUGCAGCUGAAGGAAAACAUUUACAUCCCAGUGCAGAUGAAGAAAAGGCUUUACAAGCCAGUCCACCUGCAGCAAAGAAUCAACAAGCCAGUGCAGCUGCAGCAAAGCAUUUACAAUCCAGUCCAGCUGCAGCAAAGCAUUUGCGAGCCAGUGCAGCAAAGCAUUUGCCAGCCAGUGCAGCUGAAGCGGGCUAAUGAGGAUGAAGAAGAUGAUAACAUAACUAUUGCUCGAUGGAUCGAAUCUAGGAAGAAGUAUAGUAGUGAUGCAGAGAUAAUUGUUGGAGAUGCUUCUGAAACACUUGGAAAAAGAACUAGAAGAUAUCUGGCAGCUGAUAGCGAUGAUGGUUCAGAGCCUUGUAAAAAGUAUGCGUCGACUAGAGUAGAGCAAAGGAGGGAAAAGGAUGAUGAAACUGCAAACAAAUCACAGAAGACAAGGGAGAUUCUUAAUGGUUUUGAUGCUGACGUGAUUGGAAAUAAUGAAGGGAAGAAGAAUAUGAUCGAUGGUGAGCAACAUAAUGGACUGAUUCUGCAAAGCAUUGGAAGAGAUGGGAGCAAGAAAGCAGAGUGUUUGGUCCAUGAAGACGGAGAAAAGCAGAGGUGCAAUGAUGAGAAGUUGUGCAGUGAAGUUAAGAAAGAAGAAGAACUUGAUGAAAGACUGAAACAGAGAAGGCUUGCAGUAAAAGAGAUAGAACUGAAGCUUGAGGCACGUAUGGUUAAGGUGAAGAAGACUUUGGCCAAGAUUAUAGUGUGGAAAACCAGAGGAAACACAAAUCACAAUAUUUGAGUGUGUCUUUUGCCCUUUUUCACUUUUGCAUUUGGAGAGAACUUACCACCAGACACAAAUAUUUAUGGUGUUAGUAGUAGAGAAAGACAUAUCAAAUGGAGGAAUCAGUACUUUUUGCUUUUGAAUUAGACACUGAAUUAUAGAGUUCACAAACAU